AUGACUCGCUUCUUCACCGAGUGGCCGACAUGGGAGAAACUUUGCUUUAUAUUGGCAUGCGCUAUUGCCGUCACUCUCAUUGCCGGCGCUGCGAAACUCGGCUACACACAUUGGAAACUACGAAAAUACGUUGCUGUCGCCGAGAAGGGGAAGAGAGAGCAAGGGAUACAGCGGCAGGCGAGCAUUGGACGGACUGCGUCUGCGCGGGAAGGUGCAAACGACUCGUUUGGAAUCACGGCUUUGGAGAAGGGCCAGGAAACCGAGGGCAUUUGGGUGUCCCGCAGCAACACCCCAGAGCCCGCCAGCCGCGCGGACUCCAGAAGCUCUUCUAUGUACGAUGACACGUUGAAGAUGGAGAUGGCUGCCAUCAAAGAACCCCGUGGAGCCCCCUUUGGCCGUCAACCGCGCGCUUCGCAUGUAAUAGCCAGCGACACGCCGCGUACGUCCACCAGCACCGAACGAACUCGGUCUACUGAGCACCCUUCCUCACGUCCCGGCACACAUGAAGCCGUGCUUUCGAGACCUCAGCGGAGUGAAUACCCGCCCUCUUCGAUUGCCAAGUACAGCUCAGCGUUGCCGACCCUCACGCGGCAGGACUCUGGCGUAAGUACCAUAGAGGCCAUCGAAGCGAUUUACGACGCGGCAGGGCCUAUCAGGUUUGAUAGUGAGCAUCUGGAUGCCGACCACGGCGUGACUACCAACGGAAUCUCGUGCCACUCGAGCUCAGAAGGUAGUGAGAGCGACCCUGUCGCAACAUCGGCCCCGAGACUAUUGAGUCAGCAGUCGAGACCUCGCCAAAAAUCUUCAGAUUUUGAUUUAAUGCACAGCCAUCGAAUGUCACUUGCAGCAGAGACAGGUCAGUUGGCACCGCGGCGACGGGCGGGUCCCAGUGGCGAGUGGGCAAGCAUCACACAUGCUCAAAGACCAAGUACAGCUUCAGAGCCGCAAUUCCUGAAACAACGGCAAAGGUCGCGUUCACCUACAGAAGGGCAAGUCCAGACGUGGUCACAUAGCAACUCGUCCUCAAAGUUCAAUGCUCUACCGGCAGCAGUACGCCGCUCAAGUCUGCCUGAUGUCACGCCUUUCGCAACAUUCUGCAAGACUGCGCCUUCCUCGCCACUUCCGGAGAUCCAGUAUGUAAGUGGUACUUCGCGGGUGGGGACGAUCGACUGGAGCGAGGACACAAGGAACAUCAUGACUGCAACAACGACGGAUCAGAACGGUGAGAUACCUCUUGUUACGCUGCCGGCGCCAACGCAGCUGCGAGAUCCUACCGUGCCCACCUCCGAGGAUCAAUUGCCCCCCAAGCAAAAAUCCUUCGAGCAUCGAGCAUCUGCAGUGAUAAGGGGUCACGGUACAGGCUUUGAGAUACUCAAGCAAGGAACUUUCACAAGGGCUCCACCGAUCAGUCUUCAGAACGGGUCACGGUCACGGUCCAGCAGCAUUGAGAGCAGGCGGAAGCUACAGAAGAAGCGACAACCGAGCGAAGAGUCGCAGAAAGGACCAUCGAGUCGUGCAAGUCUUGUCUGA